AUGGGGUCGCCGAUUUCGGGAUUCAUCGCCGAGGCGGUCCUCCAACGGUUAGAAUCGCUGGUCUUCCAACACCACAGACCAAAAUUCUGGGCCCGGUAUAUGGAUGACACCUUCGUCGUCAUCGAACGGGAUCAGGUGUUGACAUUCCAAGAACAUCUCGACGUCGUCUUCCCGGACAUUCAAUUUACGUUGGAGGAGGAAGAGAACAACCAGCUGGCCUUCCUGGAUGUCCUCGUAUGCCGCAAGGAUUGUGGUGGACCAAAGACCAAUGUGUUCAGGAAAGCGACAAAUACGAUACAAGUACUGAACUUCAACAGCAACCACCCAAUCAGUCACAAACGCAGUUGUGUAAGGACGCUCUAUCGGCGUGUCGAAACGCACUGCAGUGAGCCGGAAGACAAAAUUGCUGAACUACAAUACCUCCGACGGGUCUUCAAAGCCAUUGGCUACCCGCGCAACUUCGUCGAACGGUGCAUACGCAAAAAGUACGAAAGGCCUAACCGCACGGACACCAAGUCUUGGCGGGCACUUCCGUAUGUCAAGAACGUUUCGGAAGCUGUCGGCCGCCUUCUCGAACCACUUGGGGUUGGAGUGGCACACAGACCGGAGGCAACCAUCAGGCGUCUGCUCAUGAAACAAAAAGACCCACUGCCACGACUAGAAACGUCUGGAGUCGUUUAUAGGAUCUGGUGCAGUUGCGGACAAAGCAACUACGUCGGAGAAACCGGAAGACAGCUCCGAACGAGAAUGGCCGAACACGCGGCAGCGGUGCGCAGAAAUGACGCAAGCUCUCAAAUUGCGGCUCAUUCGACGAGAUCCGGCCACACAUUCAAAUUCGAUGAGGCCGAAAUUCUCGCAUAA